UCUGCAGCUCAGGUGUCGACGUCAACAUAUUUCAGAGAAAGUGAUGGAGCAGCGCGGAGGAGCUCCACAGGUCUGAGAAAGCGCGAUGUUAGAGUGCGUGUGGAGGAUGAGGAAGGCGGCUGUGGUUCUGCUGUGUGAGCUCCUGCUGCUGCUCGUCCUGAGCUUCAGUCAGGCGGCCAGACAAGGACAGGACGUCAGAUGUGGAGCCUGCAGGGCUCUGGUGGACGAGAUGGAGUGGGCCAUCUCCCAGAUAGACCCCAAGAAAAUGAUCCAGACCGGAUCCUUCAGGAUCAACCCGGACGGCAGUCAGUCCGUCAGAGAGGUUCCUCUGGCACGCUCAGAGGGAUACCUCCUGGAGGUGAUGGAGAGAAUCUGUGAGAGGAUGGAGGACUAUGGAGAGAGCACGGACUCUUCCACAAACAGGAAAUCCUAUAUUCGGAUAACGUCUCGGACCGGGGAGCCCAUGGACCUGUCGGAGGCCACGCUGGAUUCGAGAGUCACUGCCAGUUUAAAGUUUGCAUGUGAAACGAUUGUUGAGCAGCAUGAAGAUGAAAUUAUUGAGUUCUUCUCUCAUGAGACCGAUAACGUCAAAGACAAACUCUGCAACAAGAGAACAGACCUUUGUGACCACGCUCUAAAAAUGCCCCACGAUGAGCUUUGAUGUCUGUUGUCUCAGCUGAACUAGAGAAGAUUUUGAUUUGAUAGGUCUAUACUGUAGCAGCAGUGGAAGAUGAACACAAAUCCUCAUAAAAAAAAAGAAAAUCCACUUGGUGCAUAUAAGCUCUACUUUGCCAUAUUUGAGUCUUUUCCUUUGCAUUUUUCAGUUUAUUUGUGCUAUUUGGAGUGCUCUUCUUCAAUUAUUCAGCAAAAAUCACAAGUUACUUCAAAACAUAAUAGAUGAGCAAGGUCUAGACCCAAAGCAGACACUCCCUCCUCACGCGCUCCUUCUCACAAGUCUCCAGAUGUGCUUUUAAAUGCCGCAGUUGCUGGUGUUAGAAGAGACUGAUGCUGGAAUCAGCUUCAGCUCCUGCACGCAUGCUCUACCAGAUAAAAACUGAAAACGUGACACUGACCUAACUGCUUUCCUGAGCGUAUUCACCAGGUACCAAUGCCGUCCUUCCUGGCCUUUUUCAUAUGGAAAAAGUCUGUGCCAAAGCAUAAUCUAAUGGAUCUGAUGUUUUUGAGCCACAAUAAACACCUCUGUGCUCAUUUAUUGGUAAUGGAAAUAAUGAUGAGCAGCUGAUGUAAAAUAUUUCAUUUAAACCUUGAUAGAGAAUUGGGAAAUUUUGAAAUGACCAAAACUGCACUUU